AUGCCUCCAGCAAAGAAACGCAAGACUAGAGCGACAGCCGAAGCUGUGGACGAGGCCCCUUCCUCCUCGAAAGCUCUCGAGACCAGCACGGCAUCGGAAGAAGUAUCGGCGCCUGUUCAAGACACACCAGUUGUAGAGGAAUCACAGGCAGGCCCUUCCACGUCAACAUCUGAUGCGGCGGCAAAGGCAAAGGAGCGCAUGGAAAGAUUCAAGGCCCUGCAAGCACGCGCCAAAACUGGAGCACAGAAGAACUUGAAGGAAGCAACACUAGAAUCGCAACGCCUAGCCACCGAUCCGAACCUUCUUACAUCUCUGAACCGGAAGUCUGCGAUAGCUUCUCACAACCUACUGAAGGCAGAUACAGAGAUUUCAGGGGGUGAUUUUGAGCGGAAGAGAGCCUGGGAUUGGACGAUCGAAGAGAGUGAACGGUGGGAUAAGCGCAUCAAGAAGAAGGAUGCACAUAGAGACGACCAGGCAUUCCAGGAUUACCGACAGGACAGCAGGAAAGUCUACAAACGACAGAUACGAGAUCUGAAAGUGGAUAUGGACUACUACGAAAAGCAGAAGAAUGAAGCAAUAGAGAAAGCUGCUGCGAGUGGUGGUUUGGAGAUUGUAGAGACGGAGGACGGCGAGCUAGUUGCUGUGGAUAAGGAUGGCACAUUCUAUUCAACUGCAGAUUCUACUGGGUUUGUCGAACAUAAACCGCCAAAGGAUGCUGUGGACAGGCUAGUGAAAGACUUGACGGAAGCUGAAGAAGCAAGGUUGAAGAAGAGGAGAGAGAGGAUGGGUGCAAAUGGUGAUGAGGGUGAUGUCACGUAUAUCAACGACAAGAAUAAGCAGUUCAACCAAAAGUUGAACAGGUUUUACAACAAGUACACCGCAGAAAUUAGGGACAGUUUUGAGCGUGGAACAAUGAUAUAA